ACGAGUAGGAGUCCGGGGCCCGGUAUGACGGCGCAGACGCCGUGCGCGGAGGAGACACCAAGGGCAUCAUGACCUCUUCGAAUUUUGUCCGCCAAACUGCGAUUUAGUCCAAUUUGUGACUUACAUGGCAAAAAUAUGCAAUUAUGGACGUCCUCUGAUAAGCUGAAGAGUUCACAAUUAGUUUGGGCCACAAAUGGGUGACUCACAGAAUUGGUCGUCGUUCGAUGAGCCCGAGGCGCCUAAGCGUCCGACCGCCGUGACUCAGCAGACUGAGAAGACGGAGACCAAUGUGGAUAAGUACGAUAAAGGGCUGAGCGCGCUGACGGAGCCUACAGCGCUGCGCAACAUGCGCAAUCGGCUCAUCUUCGGCAGUUUAGUGGGCUUCGUCACAGGCGCCACUUUCGGAGGCAUCGAUGGAGCCAAGCUGUACAUGAAGCAGCAUGGGAAACUUGCGCCCGCUGCUUUGAGCUCCGUCGCACGUGGAGCUGCCAAGACGGGAGGAGCCUUCUCAGGUUUCUUCUUCCUUUACUGCGGAAUCAAGACGGCUCUGGCAACGCAGCGCGAGGACGACCUGACCACUGCUGGUAUCUCUACGGUGGCUGCGGGUCUACCCUUCAUCCGCUCGACGGUCAUGAAGCAGAACCUGCCGUAUGCUCUCAUGCUGGUGGCACUUGACCACUUCCACGAGGAGCUCAGCGAGUACCGUUAAUAAACGCUCUCUGUUACUGUAGUAUUUCUUACUUUUUGCGCCGUUGAUUAAUAACAGUGUGGCUAAAAAAAAGAAGUGAAAAAGCA